AUGUCUCUAGGAAAGAAGCCCUGCAUGUCACAGGAUACCUGCACAGGGGACCUGCUAAAAUCCCUUACCCAUGGUGGAGGUCAUCGUUUGAAUUUAAGAAAAUUCUCUUAUUGUGUUUUGUUGACAGAUCAUUUGGCAAAGGAACCAGUGGAAGACACAGACCCUAGCACUAUAUCCCUUAAUACGUCAGACAAGUAUCCCAUUCAAGACACAGGACUCCCUAAAGAAGAGGAGUGUGAUCCAAUUACUUUGAACUGCCCAGCAAAUUCCGAUGUGCAGCACCAGGGAGAAGAAAAUGGCUUUCGAGACAGUACUGGAGACCCCCUUUCAGAUGUGAGCAAGGAUGCGUCCUGCGCGGAGACCUGUUCCUGUCCCUCCUGUGCGCUCCGAGUCCCCACCAUCAGCGACUUGCUCAACGACCAGGACUUACUAGAUGUGAUCAGGAUAAAGCUGGAUCCCUGUCACCCAACAGUCAAAAACUGGAGGAAUUUUGCGAGCAAGUGGGGCAUGCCCUAUGACGAGCUCUGCUUCCUGGAGCAGCGACCCCAGAGCCCCACCCUGGAGUUCUUGCUCCGGAACAGUCAGAGGACGGUGGGCCAGCUGAUGGAGCUCUGCCGGCUGUACCACCGGGCCGACGUGGAGAAGGUGCUGCGCAGGUGGGUGGACGAGGAGUGGCCCAAGCGGCGGCGUGGAGAGCACCCCAGGAACUUCUAGACCUCGGCUCCUUCUCACUGGCCUCUCGGAUGUUGAAACAAGCGCAGGUUAAGGAGCAAUGUGAAUCUGUUCUAUUUUUCUCUUUUCCCACAUUGUGCUGCAUGUAGGAUCUUAGUUCCCUAACCAGGGAUCAAACCCAUGCUGCCUGCAUUGGGAGCGUGGAGUCUUAACCACUGGACCACUGGGAAAGUCCUGACUGUUCCUUUUCAAGUUUAGGAGAAGGACCCGGAACCAUGGACACUGGUUUUCCCCAGAGCUGGCAGUUUUGUGGAGGGGUCGGGUAUGUUUUUGGUGGUGGAAUUUCCUUUAGUUUUGCACAUCUGUUUUAAUUUAAUAUUUGAAUCUGGAAUUGGGGGAAAUGUGUUGUAAGCUCCUACGGGGACCAGGGCCAAAGCUAUAAUCAGAAUGGAGUCAUGCCAUGAUGAAAAUAAAAGUUCCCCUCCUUUAAAUACAGAAGAUUGAGAUUGGAACUAAGAUGGUUGAUGGCCCCCAAAAGUCAUCAUCCACAAGAUCCCUGAUGAGUAACGACACUCCUACACACAGAGAGCAGUCACCCUUUACCCAGUUACGCUUUUUGUUACAAAGUGAACUUACAGGUUGCUGGCAUUAUGUAGUGAUACACUCCAGGAUACAGGUGCCGCCUUUCUUAUUCAAACUCUGGGCGCUGUCAAAGAGGUCUUUGCUCGAGUAUUUUCAAAAGAAAAUAUUUAUCAAAACAACUAGUUAUUGGGAAGACAAAGUCAGGAAUUAGCAGGGUAAUAAGGACCACGGGAAAGGUAUUGACAAAGAGUUGGCCCUUCCAGUAUCCUUGACUUUUCAAAAGUUAAUUUAGUAUUUAUUUCUACGUCUUUUCUAUCAUGUCAAGUGUUUUGCCCAAGAGAGAAAGCUAAGUUGAGAAAUAAAUAAAAAUCUGGGGAGGGAGGAGGGAUUCAGGAUAGAGGGGACACAAGUAUGCCUGUGGCCGAUUCAUACUGAUACAUGGCAAAGACCAUCACAAUAUUGUACAGUUCAGGUACUGUACAUCACAAUUCAGCCCAUGGGUGAAAGGCAACCCCCUCUAAAACCUACUAUCUCAGCUUAAGACAGAGCCUCAGUAUUACCCAACACAUUAGCCAAGAAAGAGAAAUCUUUAAUGAUGAUAUUGGAAGGGGAGCUGUGCUUUAAAAUCCAAAUUUUAGAGGAUUUUAAACCAAAUGAAAAGAUUAGAUCCAAAGAAUAUCCAGUAGUCUUGUUUGAUUGUUUACUGUGGAAGGUGUGGAGGAUGGAAGGGAAGCCUUGGUUUACUUGACAAUUUCAUAAAAGUGCUAUUUGAUUUUGGCCGUAGGCUUAGAAAAUUAAGAUACUUCAUCCAGUGUGAGAGGAUUCUGUAUAAAUCCCUGACCAAAAGAAGCAAAAAUGAUGACUAACAUUGAUAGGAAUACAAGAAAGAUUAGGAUUAACUCAAAGUUAUUUUCUCAACCACUGACAUUUUUUUCCCCACUGUUUACAGCAGUUUGUUACAGAGGUUGCUGGUAUGUAGUCAUCAAAUGUUAUCUCUAAACUUGCAAAAGUACUGUAGAGACCUACUGAUCACUUCCGACUUAGUGUUAGUCACACCUAGCUCGUUUUGUCAGAUUUAGCAGAUAAAUGCCAAGUUUAUGUACCCAAAGCAGCAGUCAGAAAUAAAAUGUAAGUUUUAAAAACUGGGUUCUUUUGCAACUUGAUGUCCAGUGGGGUGGUUGUUAGGUGUUGAUUGUCUGCUGUAUUCUUGGCACUGUACAGAACAUUUGAUUUUGCACCGUGUUCGGGAUCCCAGGUGGAGCAAUGGUAAAGAAUCUGCCUGCCAGUGCAGGA